UAGUGUAGAAAACACACAGUAUGCCUUUUUCCGAAAUACUUUGGGAUAGCAUUUUCUUCAACUUUCCACAUCUUUCCAAUUCUGAAAGCAGCAAGUUUUCACAGAAAGCAAAAUGGUUACAGCCGAAAUAGAGGAAGAGCCCCUUUACUCAUACUUCCUGGGAUGCACGGGUGCUGCAGUGGCGAUCAUAUUCACAACCAUGGGAGCCUCCUACGGCACAUCGUUAUCCGGACUUGGCAUCGCCACGAUGGCCGUGAAUCGUCCGGACAUGAUCAUGAAGGCCAUCAUUCCGGUCGUCAUGGCGGGCAUCAUCGCGAUCUACGGCCUGGUGGUCUCGGUUCUGAUAGCCGGAUCGAUUGGCGAUGACUACACGAUGGAUGCCGGUUAUGUGCAUCUGGGCGCUGGAUUGUCCGUCGGAUUGCCUGGACUCACGGCCGGAAUAGCCAUUGGAAUCGCUGGCGAUGCUGGAGUCCGGGGCACCGCCGAGCAGCCACGCCUCUUCGUGGGCAUGGUCCUGAUCCUGAUCUUCGCCGAGGUCCUGGCUCUGUACGGCCUCAUUGUAGCCAUCUACUUGUACACGAAACUAUAAGUAUAUGUAUGUAAUAUAAUAAUAUAUAUAAGUA